CUCUGUGACAGCAUCUGACCAAUAGGAGUUGGUCUGUACAGGCAGUCACUUCCGGCCGGGUCAUCCCCAUGAGUAGCAGCAGCCUGGUGCAGAUUUCACCCAAGGCAGCCGCUCACCAAGGACCAGUUUCAUUUCCACAUUCUUCUUAGUGGAGGAGGAAGCGAGAGCAACGACAGCAAGUCAUUCAUUUUCUUUUUUUCGUUCCUUCUUUUUUCUUUGAAACACACUUCUUACUUCCGUACCUAAUUUUUGCGAAUUAACGCUAAAUCCAGUAAGAGGCGCUGGUUAGCCGUUCCGCUCAGACCAACCCUCCCCUGUGUUUAUUCCAGUUUCCCCCUCGGUGUUAGCUAGCUAACUUACCCAGGCGACGGUAACGCGCUCCCUCCAUCCGCACGCCGACAUGCCGGAGUACCUGGACGACCCGUCUGUGCUCACUAAGGACAAGCUGAAGAGCGAGCUGCUGGCCCACAACGUGGAGCUUCCCAGCGGCAACCCGACCAAAGACGUGUAUGUGCAGCUUUAUCUGAAUAACCUGACCGUUCAGAACAACAAACAUGUCACGGCCACGACUCUGGACGCCUUCUCCAGCGACGAGGAGCUGCCGCCGCCCGUGGUCUCCAGCAGAAGUCGCUCCUCCGGCAGAAAAGCCACCAGGAAAACAGACAAGGUUCGGCCGGACGAGCUGGAUGUGACCGUGCUGACCGACCAGGGCCUGAAGGACGAGCUGCUCAAGCACGGAGUGGACGCUGGGCCGAUUGUGGCAUCCACCCGUAAGCUGUAUGAGAAGAAACUGCAGAAGCUGCUGGAUGACGGUCCUGCACAGCCGCCGCUGCCACAGCUGGUUCUCACAGAGAUACAAGUCAAACACAACGGCAACUCUGACUCGGACCUGUACAGUGACAAGGAGGAUGCACCAGAGCCUGUGGCAGAACCUGAACCAGCUCCAGUGGUGGAGAGACCGCUGAGGAGCCUAGGGAAGACCCCCGUCACCACCCGAACCCGCAGCAGCCAGCACCACACGAUAGUGCCUGAGGAUCUCAGGCCUGUAUUGAAAGACCAGGUCCAGUUGGAGUCUAACAGGAGGGUUCACCACAGGCUGGACAGUCCAGCUCGGACUGAACCUCCCUCCAUCUCAUCCAGACCUGCUCAGCUCCAAGAGGAAGAACUGGGGCUGAGUCUUCCCAAGCCCAGUAAGGAUUCAUCUCACAAGCCAGUCGCUCUACUCAACACUGCUCUGCUGGAGGUGGAGAAGAUUGCAGCCAGCGACCAAACCCCAAAAGCGGAGGAGAACGCCGUUCUGAAGGAGCUGUUCCAUAAUGACAUCAACAGUCCAACAGGAAUCACCGCCACCUGUCGACGACCCAUUAGAGGAGCUGCUGGUCGCCCUGUGAAGUCCAGUGACCUGUGGAACGAUGAAAACUCCCUCUUCUCUCCAAAAACCACCAAGACUACCAGCUCCCUCUCCUCCUCCUACACAGAGAGCCGAACUGUCAACAGAAUCACCAGCUUGCCGCCCUCCACCUCCUCUACCUCCACUUCCUCUUUCUCCACCUACUCCUCCAGGCCCCUGUCUGCAGCUCCCCUUGCAGGUCAGACCAAAGCAGCGCAGCGCAGCAUGUCUCUGUGGAUAAAGCUGUUCCUGCUGGCCAUCGUGGCUGCUUUCCUGUUCUUGGUUUACCAAGCCAUGGAGACCAACACCAUCAACCCUUUUGCAGACCCAGACACAGCAGUGGUCAGCGGCAGCACAGCGUAGAGAGCACAGGAAAGGGGAAAGAGAAGCCUGCCUACUUCUAUCUUUUUAUUUUUUAUUUGUUUGUGUGCAUGUAAAUCUUCAUUGUAGCCAUUUUGUUUUGUUUGAUCAUUGACUCACAGUCUGUGAGGUUGUGACAAAGCCAGCCACUAAUCAACUUUCAGAAACACAAACACAGUAGCUUUCAUAGAAAUAUGUGGACUCACUUUUUAUUACCAUCUUUUGUUUUGUUUUUUGUCAUAUUUGUAUAUUGCGUAUGUGAGUGUGUGUGUGUGUGUGUGUGUGUGUAUCGAAUGUGUGUGAUUGAGAUGAUUUUUCACAUUUUGCCUUAGUGUCUAUCUCUUAGUCGUUAAAAGCCUUGAAGAUGAAGUUUGGACCUGUAAUUUUGUUUUGUACUUUACUUGACCAUCUUUGUUAAUGAGACAGGGAGGUUUAUUAUAAUCCAAAUGCUUCUUACACCCUACACCUAUAUUUUCUUAAUGUUUUCCUCUAAUAAAUGUGAAUGUCCCUGUGUAUUCUACUUAAUUAUGUAUUCAUUGUCAAAUAUUGAAUAUCCACUCAAUAAACUAUUGUGUUGUUA